AAAAAAUCUUCUCAUUUUGGUGCUGAGAAGGCCUUGAAACUGUUGAAGCCAUGAACGUAGAGGAAGAAGUUGGGCGACUCAAACAAGAAAUCAAGAGGCUUGGCCAAGCCCAACCGGAUGGCUCUUACAAGGUCACAUUUGGCACACUGUUCAAUGAUGAGCAAUGUGCGAAUAUAUUUGAGGCACUCGUUGGGACGCUAAGAGCAGCGAAGAAGAGGAAAGUAGUGACAUAUGAUGGCGAGCUUCUGCUCCAAGGAGUCCAUGAUAAUGUUGAAAUCACGCUCAAGCCAACUGAUGAACCUGUGAAGAGUUGAGAGAAAUUCUUAGCCCUGAGAAAUUCUUAGCUAUAGUAUAAAGCAGUACAUUCAUCGGAUGGGAAUUCAGCCUGCACAAGCAAGCCUUUAUUAUAGUGUGAAAAUAAAUCUUUGACCAUGCUUCUAUGUUAUACCUUAAAAUUUCUCUUCUGCUGCUUGAUUCUCUUAUGGUUUGUGUAAUGCCAUUUUAUGUGUGGAUAAGUGUUUGUAUGGCAAGCAACUCUCUUUUAAGUGUAUUUACUCAAAACCACUGUUUGAGAUAAAUAUGAGUGUGAGAAAGAUGAAUGAACCAUUUCAUGUGAUUCUUUGCAGCAUUCCUG